AUGGGCGACAAAGUGAAGCAGCUGAUCGAGCUGGGCUUUGACGAGGCAAGCAGCAAGGCUGCCCUACAGCGUUUCCCAGACUCGAUAGAGCGAGCAGUCGACUGGAUCUUCAACAAUCCUUCAGACAACCUAGAUGGGCAUGCUUGGGACCCACCUGCGCCAACGCUCGAGUAUGCGCCGCCUGCACCAAGUCGACGCACGUCGCAAGAUUAUACUGCCUUGGAUCCUCAGUCUCAUGCGGCCGUGCAGGCUGCUCUGCAGCAGACAGCGCUCAAUCAGACCUCAGCAGCUUCAUCGAGCGACUGGCAAGAUUCUCCAGCCUAUCACACAGAGUUUCACUCAGGAACAAGCGAGAUAGCUCGCAAUUUCAUCGGGCCACCCAACUUGACAAGAGAUCAGCCGCUCGCAAUCAUGCCCCCGGCCGGUCAGUCUGAUGCGCGUAGCAACACAUGGGCUACACCCACGGAUGAUGACGACGAGAUGGAAGCUGCGAUCAGAGCAUCAUUGCGUGAUCAGCAGGGAAUCAAUGACCUCGUUGACGAAACCACAAUGGCCUCCAAUCUCGCUUCCUGGGGUCAGCCGAAUGCGACACAGGGGCGCUUCGCUGGACCAGGAAGCGACAACUCUGAUCACAUCGUGCAAGCGAGCCUGCUCAAUCUGCCGAGCACGCAGAGCCAUACGACAGCAUCUCAGCUUCGUGACGGCCAACACGCGCUCCGAACUUUGCCCAGCGAACGCUUGGUCCGGAGUGACCUUGACCGGCCCAUGGUCGUGCAUACAUUCUCGCCACACACCGCUUUGCUCGCUCCGCUCUUGAUUGGCCUGUACGAGUUGCGCUCAUUCCGCCAAGCUGUCCUGUCCCUUGAUUUUGGCGAGCUCGCAUCAGAUGACAUUGACACGGACUACUGGCAAGGUGGAGCGAUUAGUGAAGCCUUGAAUAUUCGCAUGGCUGCACUGCCCGCGCAGGUCCGCGCAAUCGCUUCUUUGCAACGUCUCUUUGCGUUCAUGGCACUCAGUCACCGCGCAAUCAUCGUUCCCAACGAUUUGCUGAGCACGAUUUCAGACUUGCCGCCACGAGAGCGAGAUCAGGCAGUAUUGCCAACAGUCACCGCAGAGAACCCUGUGGUCGAUAUGACCAGAGUAUUCGAAGCGAUCGCGGACGCCUGGUCUUACACUUGCGAAUACCAUGCCAAGCUUGCCAUUGACGCAGGCCAAGAUUCGGCGCAGGUCGAGCAACUCUUGUGGAACAGUAAGAGUAUCUUAUUCCAUCGAGGGCAAGAAGGCAAUGAGGAUCAUCCGCAAUCGAUACUCGACGCAAGUGCGCGAGCUGCUCUGGAUAUCUAUCACGAUCCCAAAGAGUCUAGCGAUGUCUAUAUGGCGCACGCACAGUCUCGCUCUUUUGCCUGCGAAGAAGGGAUGUCCCUCACUCACCCUGCCAAUACCGUCGUGAUGCCGAUAAGAAGACCAGGCGCAAACCACACCACCUUCUCAGACAUCGAGCCAUUGACCAUCAAUCUUGAGCUUUUCUUGGAUCGCUACUUGUAUGGCAAAAGGCAGGCAGCUCAGCAGCUUCGCGAGCAAGCUGAUCAGAAGCGCAAAGCCAAAGUAGUACUGCAGGAUAAGCUCAAAGCGAUAAAGGACCCAGACGGUAACGAUCACAUCGAGCUCAUGGAGAAAACGCGCAAGUACCUGUUCAUGAUCUCGCAAGAAUGCGAUGACGAUGAGCGGCAAGCUCGUCAGCAGAAGAUAAUUGCCAACCUUGAGAUCGCGAUUGCUCAUGCCCACAGAGCGGCGGAAUACUACAAGAGCGGCAUCGCAACUUUGCAGACAGAGCUAGACGGACUCUAUAGCGGAGAAGAGUGGUCCCAAUGCGGUCCAUACCAACUGCGAGCUAUGCUGCUGCAUACAGGCCCUUACCCAAAGCACGACGCAUAUCAUACCUAUAUCUGUCGACAAGAUCGAUGGUGGCGCAUCGUUGAGUCUGACAUCAGUGCUGUCCACUCUCUCGAGUCGCAAGUUCUGAAUACCAAUCUGGGCGUCAUGAUUGGCUCGGGGCCAUGCUUCCUUCUCUACGAACGCCAAAGUGCGCCUUCGCUCGACAGUGUUCGCCCGAACUUGGCCAGCAUCAUCGCCAAGGACAAUGCGGUACUUGCUGCAGAGCAUGACUUGCAGCUGCACGCGUCGUCUCUUCCGCAGCCCGCUGAGCAGGUCGACGAUGUUGCGAUGGCCGUAGAGGACGCGAUCCUGCCAGUCAGCGUUGCCGGCGCUGCAGAAGAGGUCAUGCAGCUCAGAGGAGGCUCGCUAGCGACAAAGGAGCCCAAUGCCGCUCUCAGAGAGUCUGGAAGAGGAGGUGAUGACGACGACGAAGAUGACGAAGAUGAGCAAGAGGGCCUUACGGGCGUCGAGCUCGGCUUUGCAGAGCCGAUCGAAAAGUCUCUCGAUCCCGUCGCCAUGGUUGGCAAGCUCGGCGGCGCGCCUCUUUGGCUCAACCCUGCCUUGCCGCUGUCACCGGACAUGACUCAGUGCGGCGUCUGCCGCUCGCGUGCGAUGAGAUUCUUGCUUCAGCUCAACGCGCCGGUAGUCGAUUCGACACAAGCGCCUUAUCGGGCGAUCUACGUCUAUACUUGUCCGAAUGGCCGCUGCGUCAGCAUAGAUGCCUCUCGCGCGACGCGUGCCUGGCGAAUACAGUUGGCAGAGGGCGGACCCUUUGGUCUCGAAAGUGGGACAGCAGGAUCCGCAGAUGUUCGGACGAUGCGUCAGAAAUGCCAUGCCGUCCUUUGUGCGCACUGUCAUCUGCGCGCAUCACAUCGUUGCAGCUUGUGCAACACUGAACGCUACUGUUCGAAAGAAUGUCAAGCUGCCAGAUGGCCACUGCACAAGCCGCGCUGCCAGAAUCGCUCGGACCAGCAAGGAGAGCAAGAUCAAGAUCAGAUCUCGGCGAAGCAGUGGAAAGCAUUCGAGAUUGUGUCCGAGAGUGAAUGGAUCGAUCAGGAGAAAGAGUCUGUCCCAAGCAUGCUCGCCUCGACGCCGUCUGAUCUGGCUCACAUGGCUAAUGUGGACGAGCCUGACACCGACACGGGCGUCGACGGAGCGUUUCUGCGCUUUCAGCAUCGUCUGUCAAACGAGCCAGAACAGAUCCUCCGGUACAAUCGCGCUUUUGAAGGCUCAGUGGAACCGCUGUGGGUCAGUUCGACCGGCAAGCCCAAGCCGGAAGCUAUCUCUACCUGUCCCAUCUGUGAUGGUGCUCGGACGUGCGAAUUCCAAAUCAUGUCGACCGUUCUGGGCAUGAUCGGCGUCGAUGAUACGCAGCAAGACUCGCUCGACUUUGGUACCCUGCUCGUUUAUACCUGUCAAGCGGCUUGUCAGAUCCCUUUGAAGACAGAACCGACUAUCGAGGGCACGGCAACCUCUGGCUGGGCUCAGGAGCUGAUCAUUGCCCAGAACUUCACAUCGCAAGGCAUGAAGAGCUUGCAGCAACAGCAGCAACGAGCUUCGUGAGGCGAGAAAGACAUUCAGCUUCAUGCAAUCGACAGCGAUCAGUAGCUGGACACAUCAAAUCCUCCAAUAUGGGGGGGAGUUUGGUGCCGAUCACUUGAAGAAGGGUCGCUCAGCCUGAGGUGUUAG